CGCACCUCCUUGGUGGAGGCAGAAUGAUGGCGCCGGUGUGCUGCUGUUCUCGGUUCCUCCCGUAUUUGCUGCUGACAGCUCACUGGUGGCUAUGCGCUGGCUCGGAGGCCGAAGGCAUCAGUGGGGAAAGGUUUAAGAUCGAGGGCAGAGCAGUGGUGCCAGGAGUCAAGCCGCAGGACUGGAUUUACACGGCGCGGGUGCUGGUUGAGGGAGAGGAGCACGUCGGCUUCUUCAAGACAGAUGGAACUUUCACUGUAAAUGAUGUCCCUUCUGGAUCAUAUGUAGUGGAAAUUGUUUCACCAGCAUACCGCUUUGAGCCUGUGAGAGUUGACAUCACCUCCAAAGGUAAAAUCAGGGCAAGGCAGGUGAAUUAUUUAAAGGCAUCUGAAGUCAUUAGGCUACCAUAUCCGAUACAAAUCAAAUCUUCUGGUCCUCCUCCAUACUUCAUGAAGCGAGAAACAUGGGGUUGGACAGAUUUCCUCAUGAAUCCUAUGGUAAUGAUGAUGGUUCUUCCCCUGCUGAUCAUCCUCUUGUUGCCUAAAGUGGUCAACACUAAUGAUCCUGAGAUGAGAAGGGAGAUGGAGCAGUCCAUGAACAUGCUGAACCCAAAUCACGAGUUACCAGAUGUUUCAGAGUUUAUGACUCGCCUCUUCUCUUCUAAAUCAUCUAAGUCUGGAAGUGGCAAUAAGGCUGGGAAGAGUGGUGCAGUAAAGAGGAGGUAGUCCUUUGGAACAUAAUUCGAGGUUAAUACACUGUCUAUCUGUGCUCUGAAGAGAAAUCACUGGUAGAACACUCAACUGUUCACAAGGCAAAAUAAAAUCUGAGAAAUAACAUAUGACUUCUUGAAGACAAGGGUUUGGUGUUUAUGUAUAUUUUGAAACAUCAAAAAUUCUGUGUGCUUGCAGUGACUAGUACAUUUGGAAGAUUUAUUAUAAUUAAAUUAAAAUGUAAUGCAACAUUAAUAUCCUAGUUUAUUUACUGCAACUUUUGGUAAGUAUUUUUAAUACAUAUAAAGUUUGUGCAAGAAAUGAAAGUAAUAUAAAAAUAUUUCAGAUCCUUGUUCAUUUUCUGUUGUACAAGAAGGUCAAAAAUUCAUGAAAGUAUAUUGAAGAUAACUGUUUCUGAGCUAUGUACAGUAUAUUUCCAAGUGCACAAAAUAAAAUAAUACAAGA